UGACUUAUGCAAUUAGUUUUAUAAUUAGAUCACUAAUUUGUCGAUAUGAUCCGAAGUAAAAAUUAGUCAUAGAUCCUAGCAUCUCUAGGUGACGGAACAGUCUGGAACAGUCGAACAGAGCAAAGUGGAAACGGCUGGUUGGUGCACAAAAGGAAAAAAUUUCACCGUCCAACCAUUCUCAGCCUUCCAUGUGCCUUGUUGACUUGUCCACGACACAUCAAUCACUUUCUUUUUCUGCCCCCCGAAAUUUGUUUGGAUUCCUUUUCUCCCCUCUCCCAAAUGAAAAGAAGAACAACAAGGAUCUUGGGAAUCCAUCAGCCGAGAUUCCGCCCACAUCUCUCUCGUUUCCGCCACCGCGGCCUCCGCUGUCUGCCUGUCCCCGCAGCCGCGGCAGCCCACUCAAGAUCGCCGCCACUUCUUGUCUUCUUCCGACCGCAAUCGGGAGCUGGGCACUAUGGGGAUACCCAGUGACGAGGUGGUGCAAAUCCGCCACGCCGACGCCGCCGGCGACCCCGCCGUCGUCACCGUCAGCUGCCCCGACAAGACGGGCCUCGGCUGCGACCUCUGCCGGGUCGUCCUCCUCUUCGGCCUCAGCGUUGUCAAGGGGGACUUGAGCACGGACGGGCGCUGGUGCUACAUCGUGCUCUGGGUGCUGCCGCGGCGGGGCCGGGGGCGGCGGCCCGUGCCGUGGGACCUCCUCAAGGAUAGGCUGCUUCAGCUCUGCCCUGUCGCGGCGCCGUUCGGGUUCGACGCCGCCUGCCUCGCGGCCGCUGGCAUCCAGGACGCCGCGAACCCCGCGCCGCCACAGCUCUUCUUGCUCAAGCUAUACUGCUUCGACCGGAUGGGCCUCUUGCAUGAUGUGACACGAGUCUUGUGUGAGCUAGAGUUCACGAUUCGGAGGGUGAAGGUCUCUACCACGCCUGAUGGGAAUGUGCUGGACCUUUUCUUCAUCACAGAUACCAGGGAGCUUCUGCACACAAAGAGCAGAAGGGAAGAAGCGUACGACAAACUCGAUAGUGUCUUAGGGGACUCCUUGACAAGUCGUGAAAUAGAUCUUGCCACCGAAGACAUGUUGUCUUGCCUUCAAGCUUGUGCUUCGUUGAUGCCUGCUGUAGUGGAACAGAUGUUUAACAUGGAUCUCAUAGAGGAGCAGUCAAUCAGCACAAGAGGUGGUGAUACCAUCUCCGUGACAAUGGACAACUCUCUAAGCUCUGUGCACACUCUUAUUCAGAUUCAGUGUGGUGAUCGUAAGGGCCUCCUAUAUGACAUCAUGAGGACAGUCAAGGACUGCAACAUUCAGAUCUCCUAUGGCCGAUUCUAUGCUAGCCAAAAUCGAAGGUGUGAUGUGGAUUUGUUCGUAGUGCAAUCAGAUGGAAAGAAGAUCCUUGAUCUGCAAAGGCAGGGAUCCCUGUGUUGUCGCCUAAGGAUGGAACUCCUCCGACCACUGCGUGUGGCAUUGGUGGACCGGGGUCCUGACACAGAGCUGCUGGUAGCAAACCCCGUUGAGGUCUCUGGCAAGGGUAGGCCGUUGGUGUUCUAUGACAUCACCCUUGCUCUCAAGAAUCUUCAGAAACGAAUCUUCUUGGCUGAGAUUGGCAGGCACGUUGUGGAAGAUAGGGAGUGGGAAGUCUACAGGGUGCACUUUGGUGAGGAGCAUGAUCUCUCAUCUUCACUGCGGAGCAAGAUUGUGGAUGGAGUCACCAACAUGCUGAUGGGGAGGGACUGAUGACACUGCUGUUGUGCCUCUGAAUUCUGAAACGUUAUCUUUAGUAAUCCUGCAAAAACUAAUUUAGGUGUAAGUAAAAUUAACCAACUGAUCUUUACUUAACUCUAAAAUGUAGCUUUUUUUUAACAAAUCCAGAGACACUGUAGUGAUUAAAUCCUGGAUAACUUGAGUGUACUCUAUUUGUUGACUGGGACACAGGGUCCUAAACAUACAACAACUUACCAAGCUUCAAUUCGCUCGCCAUCAGGCCAUCACCAAUGUGUGUACAUACAUUGAACCAGGAUCAAGUAUUCUGUGUGAAAAUAUAACUUUCUGUGUUAACCA